AUGCAAAGGAUCACAAACACUCUUUGGACAAGCGCCAUUCAAGGCUCCCGUGUCCAGGUUAGUAAGGCAGGAAGAAAUACCUUUAUCUUUUCCUUCAACAAUGAAACUGCUAGAAAUUGGGUCUUAGAUAAUGGUCCUUGGCACAUCCUAAAUAAGCCAAUGAUACUUAGAAAAUGGGAACCGAACCUCACUAGGCUUAAUUUCGAUCUGUCAAAAAUCCCAGUUUGGGUAAAACUCUUCAACGUGCCUCUGGAACUUUAUACCAUAACUGGACUUAGUUAUCUUGCCAGUGCAAUCGGGAAUCCUAUCUCCUUAGACUCGAUUACUGCUUCAAAAACAAGACUGGAAUAUGCUAGAAUCUGUGUCGAAAUUGGGAUUACUGAUGAAAUCCCCAAAUUCGUCAACGUUAUUCUCAAAGAUGGGAGAUCGACAUCUAUUUCUGUUGAAGUGCCAUGGCUACCUCUCAGAUGCAAAAAUUGUAAAGUUUUUGGGCACUCAGAGAAAAACUGCUUCUCUAAUGCAGCUCCAGUCAAGACUCAAGUUUGGAUUAAAAAGAGAGCACUCGAGACCUCAACAUCAUGUCAAAAUGAAGCUCUACAAGAUCCAAUCGAACAUACUACAAUGGUGCAAAAUGCUCCAGUGCUUAACGUAACAACUCCUAUUGUUGAGGAAAUUCACACGGACGUAGUUCAAAAAGCAUCAGAUCCAGUAGCAGAUCCUAAACAUGAAGGUAUUCAAGAUAUUCACUUUCCAGACCUUAAAGUUUCAGCUAUUACGAAUGAACCUACUGCUCUAGAUGUUACAGGCAACAACUCUUCCACCACCAAAAAUCGAGAGAAAGGCAGACCAGUUAAAGACAACUCAAAAUCUGUCUUAGCUGGAUCAAAAAACAAAUUCGACAUCCUCAAUUCCAUAGACGAACACUCUUCUGUCACAGAGGAUCAAACUAGAAAAAUUCGUACUGCUUCAUUAGGUGUUUCAGCUCUGCUCAAUGAUCUCAAAAAUAAAAAGAAACAACACCUAGAAAAAGCAAGGAGUUCAACAGUAGCUGGAUAUGGGGGUGCUCCAAGCUUUCAUGCUCAAUGA